GAACUCCUAUGGUCCGGUGGUUGCGGUCGAGUGCAAACUAAAACAUGGAAGAGGGAGGGAAAGAGGAGACAUUAUCAAUCGAGAAUUCGUCAAUGAAAGAAAAAGAAACCAUGGAAGCUUCAAAAAAUUUCAAUCAACAAGACCUAUUCAAAGCUCUUGAAGUAGUUGAGCGAGAUUCACUGGCCAUUGCCCAGAGCUACACCGCUCUAUUUGCUUCUCUGCGAUCAGCACUGUCCGAGGUUACCAGCACUUCAGUAGAUCAUAUCCAAUGCUUCAGUGAUGCUGCCGGCAAGCUACAAGAGUCAGCAAUUGAUGCAGCAACAAGAGGGAAUCGUUUUAUUCAUUCAUGUAUUAGGUUAAAUGACGAGAUGAAAGGCAUGGAGGAUUUAGCUGCUCAUUUAAAAAUCCUCAAGAGGAAUGUAGAUGCUUUGGACUCAGCAAGCAGUCGACUCCUUCGAAUCACAUGAUCUGCCCUUUCCAUCAUUCUGAUGGCUCAUGCAGGUCACUGAAGCUGGACCAUUUUGCUUUUCUGAAAUUGUCAACAGCAUAGGAUAUGAUUUAGGUGAUUUGGCGUCAACGUAUAGUGACCAUUACAUUGGCCUUUGAAGGCGAGCAAUGAAACUUCAACUGUCCUGUUCAUGCUGUUUGCCUGUUUGAUAUGCUUGGCUUAUUGACUUUGUAUAUGAUCAGAAGUACCUUCUAACAUAUAUUUUCUGCUUGACUACUUCUAUAUGUAAUUAUUAGGUUAAAAUAUCAAUGAUAAUUGGAAUUGCUUUA